AUGUCCUCGUGGGGUGGGGAGGCAAACAAUGGAUCAAACUCUAAACAGCCCUCUCUGUUAGCCAACAAACUAAAUAUUUCUUGGGAGAAUAAGGAUGGAGUAAAGCAUUCAAACUAUUAUGGAUCAAUAACUCAAGCAUCAACGACGAGUCUUGGUAUUGGACAAGAUAAAGAUGUGUAUGUUCCUCUUAAAGAUCUCUUGCCUAUGGAUCCAAAUGAUAUUGAAUUUGAUGGAUGGGACAUCUCCUCUGCUAACAUUGCUAAAGCCUGUGAACGAGCUAAGGUCUUAAAUAUCAGUAUUCAGGAUCAGUUACGUCCUCACUUAGAAAAAUUAAAACCUAGGCCAUCAAUAUAUUGUCCUGACUUCAUUGCUGCUAACCAGAGUGAUCGUGCAGACAAUAUACUCACUGGUACUAAGUGGGAAAUGGUUGAACAAAUCAGACGUGAUAUUAGAGACUUCAAGCAAAAGAAACAACUUGAUAAGGUUAUUGUACUCUGGACAGCUAAUACUGAAAGGUUCUGUGAUGUACAUAAAGGUCUUAAUGAUACUGCCAAUAACUUAUUGGACUCCAUUAAACGCAAUGAGGAAGAGAUAUCACCUUCCACAUUAUUUGCUGUUGCUAGCAUCUUAGAGAGGUAAGGAAUUUGUACGUAUAUCAAUGGAUCUCCUCAAAAUACAUUUGUACCUGGUUGUAUUGAGCUGGCUGAAAAACACAAAGUCUUCCUUGGAGGUGAUGACUUUAAGAGUGGACAAACUAAAAUGAAAUCAGUCAUUGUUAAUUUCUUGGUAUCAGCUGGACUGAAGCCUACAUCUAUUGUUAGUUACAAUCACCUUGGUAAUAAUGAUGGUAAAAACUUGUCAGCUCCUCAACAGUUUCGAAGUAAAGAGAUCUCCAAGAGUAAUGUUGUGGACGAUAUGGUACAAUCAAAUGACGUCUUGUAUAAACCACAGGAAAAACCAGAUCACACUGUUGUGAUAAAAUAUGUCCCAUAUGUGGGUGAUUCCAAACGUGCUAUGGAUGAAAUA